AUGAAGUUAAUCACAUUCAGCACUUUAUUUUUGGCUAUUGUUUCUUUGACAAACGCAGAUUCUCCUCCGGCUUGUCUUCUUGCCUGCGUUUCCAGCGUUAUUAAAUCUGAUGGUCGAUACACAUUCAACCAGCAACAAUCAAUUUGCAAAAACUUAUCCAGCGACAUUGUGGAAUGCUUCAGUUUCACCUGCCCAACCAGCGAUCUUGCCGAUGACGCAACUAGCUACUUGAAGUCUAUUUGUGCGUCUUCUUCUUAUGAUGGCCUAUCUACUGUUAGCAGUACUUCUGAAGCCGUUUCUAUGGAAGUGACGUCUACUUCAUCUCCUUCUGAAUCCGCUGCUGAGGCCAAUAUGUUAACUGGGCACCUUGGUGCCUUGAUCUUGGGGGGUGUUGCUGCUCUCUUACAUUAA